AUGGCUAAAAGGACCUCUAGAAGUAAAUCAAAUGGGUCAUCGAAGGCCACCAAAGAGGAGCAUUUUGAGUUGCCAAGCUCUUCUGAUUCAGAAAACGAAGAUUUCAACGAACCAGCUCCAAAGAAGGCUCACAGAGCUCAGCAGAAAAAGGGAGCCAAGAGUACAUCACAGAAUGAACGAAGUCACACAGUGCGCAAAGAUAUAAAGCCAUCUGCCGAAGAGGAGAAUAAGCCUGAAAUUUCCAGCAAAAGUGUUUUAUACGUUGGUAACAUUCCAAAUGGAUUUCACGAAGUAGAGAUGAGAAGAUACUUUUCUCAAUUUGGAGAUAUCACUAGACUCAGACUUUCAAGAAACAAGAUCACUGCCAACUCUAAACAUUAUGGAUAUAUUGAGUUUGCCACGAAAAGGGCCGGUCAGGUAGCUGCUGAAACCAUGAACAACUAUCUGUUGCUCGGUAACCUUCUGAAAGUUGAAGUUUUGCCGAAAGAGAAAAUCCAUCCGCAAUUGUUCAAGGGUGCCAACCAAAAGUUUGUCCGUCUUCCAUGGAACACUAUUAAUCAAUUGGAGAAUGACAGACCUAAGACUCUUGAGGGGUGGAAGGAGUUUGAAAAAGCUGUCAAGGCCAAGCGUGCGGAGAAGCAAGCUAAGCUGAAGGAGUUGGGCAUAAACUUUGAUUUGAAUAAGCUGCUUAAAUCGACUACUGCUUAG